AUGCCGCCACGAAUACCCAUCGUCCAAUGCCUGCGGGCGCAGAAUGCACCCCAAUGCACUCACGCCUUACGUGCCUUCUCAUCGACCCCUUCAUCGCAAGCAUCGACUGUUGCGCAGAAGCGGAAACAUCGAGAUCCAUAUGCCAUCGCGCAGGCGAAAGCACGAAAAGCGGCAAAUUUGAGUAGGCAGGAGGUGUUGAAGAAGGAGAGGGCAGGCGCAUUAGGAGACCCGAUUCGUGGUAUCGAAACGCCAUUUGUACGAUCUUUCGACACAGCAAUACCGUCUGAACCCUCUCCGUCGACACCGUCAGCACGAACGAGGACUUCCAAGUCACCCGCGUCAGGAGCUCCUGGUGCAAAGGCCGAGAAAAACAACCAUCUCAACUUCUAUCUUGACAAGGAGGAGCUCGAGCACGGAGUGAAGAGGAGCAAAUGGCUAACCCAGCCUUUACCCGAGGUUGCGAAGGCCAGUUUUGAGGACGAGUACGGGGUUGGUAGGUCGGUCUCGGACGAGCAGGGGACACAGAAAGGCGAGGACCCUCUGUUGGACCCUGACACCAACGAUGCGAUCAAAGCGCUGGUAGGCGACACCAUUGAUUCGGGAAAGUCAUCUCGCCCAGACUGGACCAGCUCAUCAGCAAUGCUGAGUGAUUUCACCUCAGAGAGCACACCAGAAUCGAGAGAGAAGAAAAUGCAGGAAGAGCACGAGAUUGCGCAGGAGGCAUUGAAGCGGAUAUCCAGCCUGUCGCUGGGCAGCAGCAAGGACCGCUUACGGGUGAACACGCAGAGAUGCAUUGAGACGUUUGGGCGACACAAUACAGACCAGAAACUGCCAGCAAGACGUACAUCGAAAGCAUCGAGGAACCAGGCGGAAAAGUUCCCACGCAUUGGUCAGGAUACUGGUAGCAGCGAGGUUCAGAUCGCCAUAUUGACGGCGAAGAUCCGUGCUUUGGCUGAUGGCUUGGAGUUGAGAGGCACGCCGUCGGACAAGAUGAACAAGCGGAAUUUGAGGCUGCUGGUGCACAGAAGAGCAAAGCUGAUGAACUACCUGAGGAGGAAAGAGCGAGGUGGGCCGAGAUGGCAGAACCUUAUUGAUACAUUGGGUCUGACGGACGGCACAUGGAAGGGCGAGAUCAGCCUGUAG